CGACACGGACUCCUAUGGAGUUUUUCCUAAUGGAAUAUUAGGGGUUUGGUUAGAGUAUUAGUGGUAUGAUUAGACUUGUAAGGAGAGAGAAAGUGGGUCAAAACUGACCACCAUACCAACCACCACGACCACCACCGGACCACCUUCACCAGUCACCACAACCACCGCAACCACCACUGCCACCACUACCACCGCAACCACCACUGCUACCACAACCACCAGAACGUACAACACCUUCAUUACCACCACCUUAUUUCUACCCAAAUCGACAUUCAAAUCAAAUCCAAAUCGCCACCCGCUUACCUUUGCCCACCACCUGCAGUGGUUUUGUCGGCACGAACGAGGGAACAUUUCCCCACCACCCACUGCCACGAGCGCCCAGAAAAUUCGAACAACAAACUCAGAAAAUUCGAACAACAAACCCAGAAAAUUCGAACCCAGAAAAUUCAAACAGCAAACCCAGAAGAUUCGAACAAAAUCAAACCCAGAAAACCGAUCAAAAUCAAACCUAGAAAUUUCGAACGAAAUCAAACCUAGAAAAUUAAACGAAAACGAACGAAAUCAAGCCUAGAAGAUUCGCAAGUCAAACCACGAAAUCGCGUUCGAUUUGGUGGUAUGAUUGUGGUGGUGGAAGUAGGUGCUUGUGGCUUUCGAUUUGGUGCUUGUGGCGAUCGAUUUGGCGGUUGGCGGUGAGAUCGACGGUUGGUGGUGAGGUAGGCACUGGGUGGUUGGCGCUGGUGGCAGCUUGGCAAGUGGUGGUUGGUGAGGUCAGCAGUGGAGGAAGGUUGAUGAUGUUAAAUUAGGGUGAAAUAAUUAGUGUUAGUAUUUUUUAAGUUUAGUUGUUAAUGUUGUUUAAUCUUCAUAAUUGGGGGCAUUUUGGCAAUUUCAUACUUAAAAACUUACCUAAAAUAGUAAGAAAUGAAAUUGUUGCAAUUUUUGUGUUACACCCCAAAAAUGGCAAAUGUUUGCAUUUUUUUUUGUUACGGAGGAAGUACAAUAAAAAAAUUUAGAAAUUGCAUAAUAUAGGUUUUGAUUCCGUGACCUCAAGUUCAUAUUACUGAAGUUUUAACUACUAGACCAAGUUGUAUUUAUUAUAAUCAUUUUAAAGUACAAUAUUAAUAAAUGAAAUUUGUUCUUUUUUGGGGCGUAGCCCGAGCCUAAUAACUAGUUUUAUCAUUAAUAAUGGUGAAUUGGAAGCUGAAAUUGUGAGAAGUUUUUGAGAAUUAAAUUAUUUUUAUAAGAGUAUUUUAGAUAUAAUUAUUGAUUGAAAAUAGAAAUAUAAUCUAUAUUUUGAAACACUUCAAAAGGAAAAGGGACUUGUAUUAUGAAACCGAGAAAGCAGAUGUUUAUCAUUUCUCAAUAGAGUAGAUAACAGAGAUCUUGGAACUUUGCCAAGUAGCCGUAGCAGUCGUAAGUCGGUUAAAAAGAAGCGCGCCUUUGUGUUUUUACUUUUUAGGUUGAAUUUAUCUGAACAAUCUCCCCCAAUUCUUUUCUCACUCCAUCUUCAUCGAUCAUCUUCUUCAUCUCUGUCAAUCGACACUUCGCUAAAAAUCUUUCACUUUCUCUCUCAUCUACCGCUCGUGACGCCAUUGUUGUUGCCAAUUGUGAUAUCAUCAUCGCAAACGCGGUCAUCUGUUUCACUCUAUCUCUGUUUUUCUUUACGUUAUUUCUGCAAUUUUCAUUUUUCUUGAUUUUAGUUGUUGUUGUUGUUGUUUCUGUUUGUUUUUCCGAUUUUAGGGUUUUAUUUCUCGUCGAAAUCCUGAAGAAUUCCGCAAUUCCUCACCAUGUCAAGUCACAUUCGUUACAAUUUGGCUCACAAUCGAACCAAAGAAAACUUGGAUAGAUUCAUCCCAAACAGAUCAGCUAUGGAUUUUGACUAUGCGCAUUACAUGCUGACGGAAGGGUGGAAGGAGAAUUCUAUUUCUUCGCCAUCGAAGGAGGCGUACCGGAAGCGUAUGAAGGAAGUAUUCGGCAUGAACAGGUCCAGAAUUCUUGCAUUCAGCAACAAACCACCUGCACCAAUUCCCUGUACCACCAAUCAACUUGACUUGGAUCAUGCUUUUGUUGUUAAUCAUAGACGACGUCGUAUUCCUCAGACUUCAGAGCGUACAUUGGAUUGCCCCGGUUUGAUAGAUGACUACUACUUGAAUCUUCUGGAUUGGGGUAAGAGCAAUGUUCUUGCUAUUGCUCUUGAAAAUUCUGUAUACCUUUGGGAUGCAUCCACACAUGCUACAUCAGAACUUGUGUCCAUAUCUGAUGAUAAAGGCCCAGUGACGAGUGUGAGCUGGGCGCCUGAUGGUUGUCAUAUUGCCAUUGGCUUGAACAACUCUGAAGUUGAGCUCUGGGAUUCUACAGCCUGUAAAAAGCUGAGGACUUUAAGUAAUGGCCACCAAGCUCGUAUUGGUUCGUUGGCUUGGAACAAUCAUAUUCUCACCAGUGGAUCAGUGGACAGUAGUAUCAUCAACAAUGAUGUGAGGGUCCGGGGUCAUGUAAUUGAAACCUACAGAGGACACCGACUUGAGGUUUGUGGGAUAAGAUGGUCACCUUCUGGCCGAUAUCUAGCUAGUGGAGGCAACGACAACUUGCUGCACAUCUGGGAUCGAUCAAUGGCAGGUUUAAAUUCUAGUACUCAGUGGCUGCACAGGAUUCAAGACCACAGAGCUGCAGUUAAAGCCCUUGCUUGGUGUCCAUUCCAGAGUAAUAUGCUGGCCUCUGGAGGUGGCAUGAGUGACCAAUGCAUCAAGUUCUGGAAUAUUCAUACUGGUGCAUGCUUGAACUCAGUCGAUACUGGGUCCCAGGUCUCAGCUCUGCUGUGGAGUAAGAAUGACCGUGAGCUGGUGAGCUCCCAUGGGUUUCCCGAUAACCAAUUGACUUUGUGGAAAUACCCGUCUAUGGUGAAGAUGGCAGAGCUUAAUGGGCAUACCUCUAGAGUACUUUUCAUGACUCAGAGUCCAGAUAGCUUUGCUGUAGCUUCUGCAGGGGAUGAGACCUUGCGGAUUUGGAAUGUGUUCGGAACUCCAGAAAACACGAAACCUUCAAAAGAAACAGCUCCUGAGCCAUUUGCUCACGUGAAUCGCAUUCGUUGAUAACCCAAUCUGAUCUUCGUGCUUUGAAGGAAAGAAACUAACAUAUUUUUUUGCUGCAAGGUUGCUUCUACUUCAAGGGUAUGAGCUGCUUUGUCUGAGGCUUUUGUAAAGUCGGAGCAAGUGCUGCAGAAAUAGCAUGCAUUCGUUUUGUGUACAGAGAAAUAGUUACUACUUAUACAUCGUAAGUUCGUAACCUAAGGGCAUGAUAGUUAUGCCUUCUUUUUGUACAUGGCGGCACUCCCCCAGUUACCCAGUAUCAUUUGUAAAUACAAUUCUUCAAUACUUAACAAAAAGAUGCAUUUAUUGAUCA